AUGACCAAAUCUAUGGCCGUAUAUUUUGAGUCGCCGGUAAAUGCAUUUCGUCGAUUUCAAAAAAUCGUUCAAUUUCAAACCAUGCAGGAUGCGCUAAACGCACAUUACUACGUCAAUUGCUUGCCGCAACAGAUCCAAGCUGCACUAAARAAGCUUAAUGGUAUGAAGCGAAUCGAUGCACAUUUGGAUGAGAAGUUAGCACACGAAACCACACGUAUUGAGAAACUGAAAGCUUAUUUAGCUUAUAAAAAACGAAGUUUACAGGAGCGGCACCAAAAGCAUCAACGUCCGGCACGCGGCCGUUCCGCAACGUCGACCGCAUACAGCAGUGGUCGAAGUUCACGCCCCAAGACACCGACCAUAAGCACAUUGUCGGACUUAACAAUGCCCAGCGCCGAUUGCACAAAAAGUACAAAUUUAAGCAAUCAAAGUGACUCAUUCUUAGAUCAUGUGCGGAAUGAUUUUACCAUAUAA